AUGACGGAGACGAUCAAGUGGAAAAACGUCACCAUUCAAGACGAGGUGGUCCCCAAGCACACGGAUAUCAAGCUUCCCGAUGACCCCUCCGAACUUAUCUAUAUGGCCAAGCUGGCCGAGGAGGCGGAGCGCUUUGAUGAGAUGCUCCUCUGCAUUCGCAAGUACGUUCGUCUGAACAGUGAGCUCGACACGGAAGAGCGCAACCUGCUGUCAGUGGCCUACAAGAACGUGAUUACGCCGCGCCGCAACGCGUGGCGCGUCAUCACCUCUAUCGAGGGUCGCGAGAACGCCAAGGAAACCAGCACAACACUACCCUUGGUGGUGAACAUGCGAAAGGAGUUAGAAGCGGAGCUCUCCCCGCUCUGCGACGACCUACUCAGUCUUCUCGACACUUACCUCAUCCCGGCUGCCCAGGGCGGUGAAGCGAAGGUCUUCUACCUCAAGAUGAAGGGCGACUACCACCGCUACUACGCUGAGAUCGACCCCGGCGAUGGCCAGCGGCAGGCAGCCUUGAACGCUUACCAAAAGGCAACCGACGUCGCGAACUCGUCCCUCGCUCCAACGCACCCGAUUCGGCUCGGCCUGGCGCUGAACUUCUCCGUGUUCUUCUACGAAAUCAUGAAGGAGCACGAAAAGGGCUUCCAGCUGGCUCGUCAGGCAUACGACGAGGCCGUGACCGAACUCGAAACGCUCGACGACGAGGCGUAUCACGAGUCCAACACGAUCGUGCGCCUCCUCCGCGAGAACCUCAACUUGUGGACGGAUGACCAGCUGUAA